GCGGGACCCACCCCCGGCCCGGGCUCCCCCGUCACCCCGCCCCGGGCUCCCACCCCGGCCGUCCCGCCGGGACCCGCCGCCCGGGCCCGGCUCGGCCCCGCGUGGAGCAGACGCGGCCUGUGAGGGUCAAAGCUUGCGAUUCUCGAUGGAGAGCGAAAGCACAGCCUCACGAUGAGAACCAGCCCCCGCCGGCCACUGAUUCUCAAAAGACGGAGGCUGCCCCUUCCUGUCCAGAAUGCCCCGAGUGAAACAUCAGAGGAAGAAGCAAAGAGGUCCCCUGCCCAGCCGGAGCCUGCUCCAGCACAGGCCUCCCAAGAGGUGGCAGAGUCCAGCUCUUGCAAAUUUCCAGCCGGAAUCAAGAUUAUCAACCACCCCACCACGCCCAACACACAAGUGGUGGCCAUCCCCAGCAACGCUGAUAUCCAGAGCAUCAUCACAGCGCUAACUGCCAAAGGGAAGGAGAGCGGCAGCAGCGGGCCCAACCGGUUCAUCCUCAUCAGCUCUGGGGGGCCCUCCUCUCACCCUUCCCAGCCUCAAGCCCACAGCAGCCGGGAUUCCAAGAGAGCAGAGGUGAUCACGGAGACGUUGGGACCGAAGCCAGCAGCUAAGGGUGUGCCUGUUCCCAAGCCUCCUGGAGCCCCUCCAAGGCAAAGACAGGAGAGCUAUGCUGGUGGUGAGGCGGCAGGCUGCACGCUGGACAACAGCUUAACCAAUAUCCAGUGGCUUGGAAAGAUGAGUUCUGACGGGCUGGGCCCCUGCAGCGUUAAGCAGGAACUGGAAGAGAAGGAGAAUUGUCACCUGGAGCAGAAUCGGGUUAAGGUUGAGGAGCCCUCAGGAGUGUCAACAUCUUGGCAGGACUCUGUGUCUGAGAGGCCACCCUACUCUUAUAUGGCCAUGAUACAGUUUGCCAUCAACAGCACUGAGAGAAAGCGCAUGACCUUGAAGGACAUCUACACUUGGAUUGAGGACCACUUCCCUUACUUUAAGCACAUUGCCAAGCCAGGCUGGAAGAACUCUAUUCGUCACAACCUUUCUCUCCAUGACAUGUUUGUUCGAGAGACAUCUGCCAAUGGCAAGGUCUCCUUCUGGACCAUUCACCCAAGUGCCAAUCGCUACUUGACAUUGGACCAAGUGUUUAAGCCACUGGAACCAGGGUCUCCACAAUCGCCCGAGCACUUGGAAUCACAGCAGAAACGACCCAAUCCUGAGCUCCAUAGAAAUGUGACCAUCAAAACUGAAAUCCCACUGGGCGCACGGCGAAAGAUGAAGCCUCUGCUCCCUCGGGUUAGCUCAUACCUGGUGCCCAUCCAGUUCCCAGUGAACCAGUCCCUGGUGUUACAGCCCUCAGUGAAGGUUCCCUUGCCUCUGGCAGCAUCGCUUAUGAGCUCAGAGCUCGCCCGUCAUAGCAAGCGAGUCCGCAUUGCACCCAAGGUGUUGCUAUCCAGUGAAGGAAUAGCCCCGCUUCCUGCCACAGAACCACCGAAGGAGGAGAAACCCCUGCUUGGAGGGGAAGGGCUGUUGCCUUUACUUCCUAUUCAGUCCAUUAAGGAAGAAGAAAUGCAGCCUGAGGAGGACAUAGCACACUUAGAGAGGCCUAUCAAAGUGGAGAGCCCUCCCUUGGAAGAGUGGCCCUCUCCGUGUGCAUCGCUCAAAGAGGAGCUAUCCAACUCCUGGGAAGAUUCUUCCUGCUCUCCUACCCCAAAGCCCAAGAAGUCCUACUGUGGGCUCAAGUCCCCAACGCGCUGUGUCUCAGAAAUGCUGGUGACUAAGCGAAGAGAGAAAAGGGAGGUGAGCCGAUCCCGGAGGAAACAGCACCUUCAGCCCCCCUGUCUGGAUGAGCCUGACCUGUUCUUCUCAGAGGACUCCAGCACAUUUCGGCCAGCCGUGGAGCUCCUGGCGGAGUCUUCCGAGCCUGCACCCCACCUCAGCUGCCCUCAGGAAGAGGGAGGACCUUUCAAGACCCCCAUCAAGGAGACAUUGCCUGUCUCCUCCACUCCUAGCAAGUCUGUGCUCUCUAGAGACCCUGAGUCCUGGAGGCUCACACCUCCAGCCAAAGUUGGGGGGUUAGAUUUCAGCCCAGUACGAACCCCCCAGGGUGCCUUUGGCCUUCUGCCUGACUCACUGGGGUUGAUGGAGCUGAAUACCACCCCUUUGAAAAGUGGUCCUCUCUUUGACUCGCCCCGGGAGCUCCUCAACUCAGAGCCCUUUGACCUGGCCUCUGACCCCUUCGGCAGCCCUCCACCACCACAUGUGGAAGGCCCCAAGCCUGGCUCCCCCGAGCUGCAGAUUCCCAGCCUUUCAGCCAACCGUUCUCUCACAGAAGGCCUUGUCCUGGACACAAUGAAUGAUAGCCUCAGCAAGAUCCUUCUAGACAUCAGUUUCCCUGGCCUGGAGGAGGACCCUCUGGGCCCUGACAACAUCAACUGGUCUCAGUUCAUCCCUUAGCUGCGAUAGAGGCAAGGCCUUGCCCCUGCCACUCAAGCCGCCUGCUAUCCUGGCACUUGUGUGGCUCAGGGUACCCCAAGCCGUCUGAGGGAAGCUAGCAGGCAAGGGCUGAGCUGUGCCCUUUGACCUAAUUAUGUCAAGAUGAUAGCCGCAUCUAAGCCACACCAGGACCUAUGCAAGCAGUAGGAUCCCCCAGAGUCCGAGUCCUCCACUCCCUGCUGGCAAGUGAAGUGGGUGUGACGAGCCAUGAGGACCAGGAAGUGCCCAUUAGUCACUCGGUGCUCCUGGCAGGGUAACCCUUAUAAAUGGUGUCAGCUCCCCAAGUUGUCCUGUAACUAUAAAUGUAAGCGUAUUUCCUUAGCUCAUUAUCCAGAGAUGGCCAGGAUGGGGAGAGGGACGGGGUUGCACUUUGCUUCUGCUUGUGGCCUCUGGGGGAAGGACCUGCAGUGCAGUCUCUCCACACUGUGGGUUCUGCUAUAGGCUUCUAGAGAUACAGGUUGCCGUGCCAGGAUCCUGCUUACUGCCCUUUCCUCGCAGCUCCCCAAGUCUCCAAGUCAGUGGUACUGCAUGAAGAAAUCCUGCUGUGAAAGCCUAUUGGAUUCGGGUGUAGGGAGAUGGGUGUGCCUGAAGCAAAAGCAUGGGUACUCACAGGAGUCCUAUUAGGUGUUUCUCUGAUAGUGUUCCCAAUCAUGCCAGGGAGUCUACCACUGAGAUCUCAGGCUGAGGCCUGAGAAGGAGAAAGUGACCCCUCACUUGCCUGGCUUCCUUAGCUUGCUCCUGAGCUUUGCAAAAAACCACCCUAGACCCCACUCUACAAGCUACAGAACAACACUACUGUAACUACCUACUAAAUAAAGCCCGUGGCACUGGUCUUGGAAUUGAGCGAGAGGUGGAGCCUGGGGGUGAUGGGCAAGGCCUGCCCCUGCUGCAUGGGCCUUCCACAGAUGCUCUCUCCCGCACCCUUCUUGGACUCUGAGGUUGCCAGCUUUGUCUGUUGCGAUGAUUCAUAUCUAUAAUCUCAGCCUUUGAGAGGUAGAGGCUGGAGGAUCAGCCCUCUAUGCUACAUGAGAUCCUGCCAACAGAGUCCAGUUCCCACUGUUCCCUGCCCUGCCCACCUCUUCCUUGCCACCCCAGACCUUGUUCCAUGGGACCAGACUCUGACUUAGGUCCUUGUUGAUCCCUUGGUAACAACAGCAGUUAUAGUCCUCCAAUUCCCUCCCAUUCCAUUCAGUAUUCAGGCCUGAAAGCCGAAACUGUUGUAGGUGUCUCAUUACCACCUCUAUCCCAGCUCCAAGCCCAGGAGCCAGCCCCCUUCCUGCUCCUGAGCCUUCCCAGGCAAGGCUCUCGCUCAGCAGCUCCUGUUACCAAGUUUGUAACCAGAACUGACAGCGAAAAGCAUCAGGGACUGAGGAGCCUCCCAGGACAGGCAAGGGCCUCCUCCCAGCAGCACCAGUCAGGAAGCAUCACCAUAGCAACCCUAGCAGCAAACAAUGGUACCAGAAAGGGCUUUCCUCCAAAGCCGCCUCUCCUGGCUCUGUGGCUCAGAGGAAGAAUGGCCAACAUCCCGAAGAAAACAUCCCUCCAAAAGUCAAGCCUGAGCCAAGUAUCUCGUACCAGGGAGCCUUUCCUGAAGGUAGAGUGGGGCCCAACAACGCAGCCAGCCUUUCAGGUUGUCCUGAGCAGUAGUCUCUGGUACAUAAGCCAGUUUCUGCUUUCAUCCUGUGGUACCCUAAGUUGGAGCUCAGAACAGAAAGGAGAAGCCUGGGCAACAGGUUGAAGAGGCCUUAUCUAAAGGACUUGGGAUCAGAAAUGUGCUUAGCUUUGGGAUUUACUUUUGGAUUUUGGAGUAUGUGUAUGUAUGUCAAACUAUGUUGGGCAAGGACCCCAAACUUAAUAUAAAAUUCCUUUGUUUCAUAUGUA